GGAGGGUGUUUGUUGGUUGCGGUAUCUCCUCCAUAUCGUCCUACACCGGGUCCCGUCGAUAUUUCAACCGCUUUUUGCCCGCUCUCACAAGUUGACAGCUACAUAAUCGACAACAGUAAUACUCGGAGAAAUGGCAGUUCCUCCAACAUAUGCAGACCUUGGAAAAUCAGCAAAGGACAUAUUCAAUAAGGGAUAUGGUUUUGGGAUGGUUAAGCUUGAUGUGAAGACAAAGUCUUCAACUGGAGUGGAGUUUAAAACGUCCGGCUCGUCCAAUGUAGACACCAGCAAGGUCACCGGAGCCCUGGAGACCAAGUAUAAGUGGGCAGAGUACGGGCUGACGUUCACAGAGAAGUGGACCACGGAAAACACACUUGGAACUGAAAUUUGUGUUGAGGAUCAGAUCACCAAAGGGCUGAAGCUUACUUUUGACACUACAUUUUCGCCAAAUACCGGCAAGAAGAGCGGCAAGGUCAAGACUGCUUACAAAAGGGAAUACCUUAAUGUCGGUGUUGAUGUGGAUUUAGAUUUCGCCGGUCCUACGAUCCACGGAGCAGCAGUAGCCGGCUACGAGGGCUGGCUGGCCGGCUACCAGAUGACCUUUGACUCGGCCAAAUCAAAGAUGGCUCAGAGUAACUUUUCAGUUGGUUACCAGACCGGAGACUUCCAGCUCCACACCAAUGUAAAUGACGGUUCGGAGUUUGGUGGAUCUAUUUACCAGAAGGUUAAUGACCAACUGGAGACUGCUGUGAAUCUGGCCUGGACUGCAGGCAGCAACGGCACUCGCUUUGGAAUUGCUGCAAAAUACCAGUUAGACUCCAGUGCCUCCAUAUCAGCUAAGGUGAAUAAUGCCAGCUUGGUAGGAAUUGGAUACAGCCAGACUCUCCGGCCUGGUAUGAAACUCCUCCUCUCUGCACUGGUGGACGGGAAGAACAUCAAUGCCGGUGGUCACAAACUUGGCCUGGGCCUGGAGCUGGAGGCAUGAGGAUCUGCUCGGCCUUUUCAAAGUAGGACGAGAAAUCUCAGCUGAAUCUGAUCCUUUGUGUUCCCGUCUUGUCAGCAACAGAUAUUUUAAAGAGGCGAAGCCAAAACAAAAAUAAAAACACAAUCCCCCAGUUGUCGAGCACUGUUAAAAUAGAAACCAUGACACCAGCCCCCUUUUUAUUGUUGUGACAGUAACUAGUCAUGUUUCAAAUCCUGUGUAUUUAUCAGUUACUUCCAGUUUAUCCUCGAUAGUGAACCCUCCUCCGGGUGCAUCAUGGAACGGUUUUCAAAACCAAAACCUUGUUACUUUGCUGAAGUGUGAUAUUGUAGAAUGUAAAUCUGAGCUGUUAAUUUGCACAGUAGAUUAUAUCUUUAUUUAAGCUCUUCCUCCUUUGUUUUAUUUGCACAUUUUAUUUGUAUUUUAGUAGUGAUGGUCUACCCGUUGGAGGGUUUACUCCAACAAAUCAUGCUUAUCGAGAUCGAGGCCAAUGUAGUGGCUCGUCUUCACUUAUCUUUCUAGAGGCUUAAUUAUGCUGUGUGAUGAUUUAGAGACCUCCGCUACUUUGAAUACCUUCUAAGUUGCAAGACGAUGCUAAAUGGAUUUUUAGUUUUCUCAGUGACUUGAGUGAAAGAAUAUCAAGAGUGAAUCCUCUACUUUUCUUCCCAUUUCUGAGGACUGUGACACUAGUCAGGAAGUGUGUUGGUGUGUGUGUCUAACCUUUGCAAUAAAGUCCUGAAGUCAA